UUCUGCAACAAGAGCUGUUCUCUGACGAAGAUGAAGCUGUCGUUGAUCUUAGUGGUACUUCUCGGUGUUUUCCUCGUGUGCUCGGAAGCUCACGGAGGCAGGUGGUGGAGUUGGCGCUGGAGACAUCAUGGUAGGCGCAUUAGACGCUGCCAUAACAGAAUUCAGAAGCUGAAGAGUGAAUUGGAUUGUUUGAAAACCCGAAUCAAUGACUGUCGAUCACAAACAGCAACCACCACUACAACAGCAGUGCCAACAACAGCAGCGCCAACAACAGCAGCGCCAACAACAGAAGCAGCGCCAACUACAGAAAUGCCAACUUGUCCGGGUACUAAUGAGUAUUCCUGCAAACCACAAGGCACUUGUGGGAUGAAUACAGGCGAAGUACCUGAACCUGAUUACAUCUGUCCACCCCAAAGUGACUGUUGUAAACUAUUUUAAAACAUCCAGUCUUCGUACAAAUAAAGAUAUCAGCAAUGA